AAAAAAUGUGGGGGGUAAAACGCAAACAAGCAAGCUAAUUAGAUUGCUCGUUUUCUUUCCAAAUAUUUUAUUUUACUUUGCUCUUCCUUUCUCCACCUCCUCCCGGCAGAGACAGGGUUCUUCCACUCUCCUGUCUUCGAAUAUCCAGAGAUCCGUGAUGGUUAGAAAGCUUAAAAGAAGAAGACGAGAGGGUAAAAAUAGAGGGGGAGAGUUGGAAAAAGAGUUUUGCAAUAAACAGAGAUCGAAGAUGAAACCGUUCUCCAACUGAUCUCUUCCGCGUAAUGGAAGCAGUCGGGUAUAGUAGAAGACGACGACCACGGCGUAAUGGUUCGACAGGCGGCCGAGUAGAAGGCGAGGCGAGGAAGCUCCGCUGCCCGAGACUCCCCUUAUGGUCCUGCCCCACGAGCCGCCCCCCGGACGCCUGAAUUCCUUGCCUUCGUUCCUUGUCCUUGUCCCUCUUCUGCUAUCUCUUGGGGUUGUUUUCUCUUUGUUUGUUUGGGAUUGAUGAGUUCGAUUCCGCUGGGGGAUUGCGGGGUUUCGAGAGGGUUUUGUGAUGGUCCCGGGUUCGGUGCGGGGGCGUCCGUGACCCUGGUGUUGGAUGGAGAGAGAGGGGAGCUGGUGAGGGCGCCCGCCCGGGUGGGGAAGAAGGGGAAAGUUGGUGUCUUGGACGCGAGUGUGGCGAUGGCUUUGAAGACCCACAGCGAGGCAGAGAGGAGGCGGAGGCAGAGGAUUAACGGCCACCUCGCCACGCUUAGGAGCAUGAUCCCGGGUACUGAGAAGUUGGACAAAGCUGCACUGCUAGCAGAAGUGAUCAAUCACCUAAAGGGACUGAAGAGUAAUGCAAUGGAGAUCAGCAAAGGUUGCACCAUUCCAUCAGAUGUUGAUGAAGUGAGGGUUGAAGUUGAAGAUGUAAUGAACAGUGGAAGCUUUAUAAUCAAGGCAUCACUUUGUUGUGAAGACCGGCCAGAUAUCCUAGCAGAUAUAAGACAAGCACUCCAAACUCUACAGUUGAAAACUAUCAGGGUAGAUAUCUCAACAUUGGGUGGCAGAGUAAAAAAUGUUAUUGUCAUGAAGUGUGAAGGAAAUGCCAAUGAUAUUGAAAAGCAUCUCUAUACAUCAUCUGUUCAUCGGGCCUUGGAGUCCAUUCUUGACAGGUUCAAUUCAUCAGUUGACUUUCUGCCAAGGACCUCAUUCUCUAACAAGAGACAAUAGAUCUCACCAUUAUGAAUCCUCAAGCUCCUCCUCAUGAAACGUCUGCAUGGUAAGGAAUGAUAUAACUGCUACCCAUCAGCACACACAUUUACGGUGCUGCUGUAGUUUGUUUGUUUAUGCUCAUAUUGUGAUGGAAGAUUUCCUACAGAUAUAAAGGUGCUUGUUCUUUAUUCAUCAUGAGUGUUUGUGGGGGAGGCCCUGAUUAAAUUAUAUUUAAAACCACCAUGACCACCAGCAGAUUUUUGUAAAAAUGCUGUGUGUAGCUUCUGGACCUUUCCUUGGAAAGUACAUUGUUGCUUAUUUAUUAGUUUAUGUCCACCACUUUUAUUUUUGAAAGUAGGUCCUGCAAUAUGUCUGUUUCUUUAAAUGAAGCAAUGGAUGCAAGCUUAGCUUU